AUGUUUUUAUUAAAAAAUGUUAGAAGAUGCUGUUAUUACACGAAAAUAUAUGAAAAUAUAAAAAUCAUAAGAAAAAUUAAAUUGGAGAAGGAAAGAGAAAAUAAGAAAUAUUCUCAGAUCGAGGAAAAUAAAUGUAAUGUAGAUAAAAAGAAGAAACAGCAAGCCAUUUUUCCUUAUGACAUUAAAAAAGAUGAUAAUAAUUUUUAUGAACAAGUAUUUAAUAAAAUAAAACAGAAAGAUAUCAAAAAUUUGGACAAGUAUGCGGAGGUAUUUGCAAAUAUUUGUUCUGAAAGGAAGAUAAAUGAAAAUGCUACUAUAAAAAAUAUAUGCAUUCAAAAGGAAGCACGGGUGGGGGAAAAUAUUAAAAAAGGAAAUUGCAAUAAUAAAGUUGUUAGUAGUAGCGAAAAUACAAGCGUACAAUGCGUUAGUAAAAAAUCAACAUUUUUAAAAGGAAAUGAAAUGUACGCCUUGAACAACCACAUCCAUAAUAAUGUGAGGAACAAAAAUGAAAAUAUAAAUGAUAAAAAAUAUUUGAAAGAAAAAAAGAAAUAUUUAGAAAGGAAGGAUGUUUAUUUAAAAGUUGUAGAUGAUCAUAUACUAAACAGAAAUAAAUCUUCAAGGGGAAUAAACAAGUCAGAAAAAUGUUUGAACAGAGAUGGACAUUACGUGAAAAGUUUGACUCUGGGAAGGAUUAACGAAGAAAGAGCAGGAGAAAAACAAAAAUUAGAACAGGUGCUUCAACUAAAUGAAGUGCAGAUUAAGGGGAAGAAGGUUGAGAAUAAAAUUUAUAAAGAGAAUGAACGCAUAGAAAGUACAUGUAAUAAAAAAGGGGUACUACUACAGAACAAUGUUGACAGGAUGCAUGAGGACAUUUUGAAAAACGAUAAACUGUUAAGCAGUAGUGAUACAGAUUUAAAUAAUAACAGUAAGGAAAAACAUCAAAGUAGUCAUGGGAAGAAUACAUCUGAAGUAAAAUCCGUUCCUUUGAAAGUGAGAAAAAAUAAAAUUUUAGUUCCAACUACGGAUAAUGCAAUUAUAGAGAAGAGUUACAUAAAUGUGGAGUAUGAAGAAUAUUGGGAAAAUGAAAAAAUAAAUAAAAUUUUGGAAUUACAGAAAGGUAGUGACAAAGAUGUACAAAAUAAAUUGUUUAAGGGAGUAUUAUAUGUUUCACCAUUUGAUACAAAUAAAUGUUUUGUUGUUAAUGAAGAAUCGUUAGGUUGUUCUAAAAAUAAUUUUUUUUAUGUAUAUGGGUAUAUUAGUAGGAAUAGAGCCUUGAAUGAUGAUCUAGUAUAUGCUUAUGCGGAAAGAAGAAAGAUAAAAAGGUUUCAAGAUUCUGAAGAGAAAGAAAAUGAACAGAUUCAAGUGAAUCGUAAAAAGAAUACUGAUACAAAUGGAAUGAAAGGGGAGGAAGGGAUACAGGAAGAGGGGGGAGUAGAUAGAGGAAACGAAGAAAACGAAGAAAAAGAAGAACAGACGGGUAAUUUUUGCAGAGUUGUUAACAUCGUGGAAAGGAGAAGUAUGGAAAUUGUUUGCACGUUGAACUAUUUAAAUAUUAAAGAAAAAAUAAACAAUACAUUUGGGAAAAAGGAUAUAUCAAAUAAGUUGAAAAAUGGAACUGCAUCAAAAGUUUUAAUUAGUAAUAAGGUGGAUAGUGAUAUCGUAAAUUAUAAGUGUGAUAAGGAACAUGUAAUCAGUAAGCCCAAUAUUGAAAAGAUUGAUUAUAUACAAAUAUAUAAAAAUGAAGAAAAAAAAAGAAGUAGCGAAAAAUUGCUUGCAAAAUUACAAUCGGUUGAUGCUAGGUUGCCAUGCUUCAUAUAUGAGUCAUCCAAUUUUAUGGUAAAUAAGAUAUUGUAUCAUCUGCAAAAAAAAAAAAUUAAUUUAUAUGUUUUGGUUAAAUUUAAACAGUGGGAACAGAAUCAAAUUAAUCCAUUAGGAAAUAUUAGUACAAUUUUAGGUAGUGAAAAGAAUUUGUUUGGUAUCAUAUAUUUUUUUAUAUAUUUCUAUAAAAUACAUUUUCAUAUAUAUGGAAAAACUGACAUGUCCUAUUUGAAAUCUAAGAUGAUUGUGCAGGAUAAAAUUUUUGACGCGUUUUUUCAUCGAAAAAAUGUUUUCGUUCCACUUGCAAAUUAUUUUGAGGGUGUGAGUAGUGGUAGUGGUAGCAUUAGUAGUGAUAUCCAUAAUAAUAGCCAAGGAAAAGGGAGCAAGAGCUACGUCGACCAAAUUGAAAAAAAAAUAGCAUAUCUGAGGUAUAUUCAGCAAACUAAUAGAAGUAUACAAAAAUACAUGAUCAAAUGUUUAUUAAAAAACAGGGACAUAAUUACUCAUUUGGACAUAUUUACCAUAGACCCCUUGAAUGCAAAAGAUCUGGAUGAUGCUUUAUCCAUUGAAUUUGUGAAGACUGAUAAAAAUUCGAAAAAGAAAUUUCAGUACAAAAUAGGAGUACAUAUUUCAGAUGUUUCCUUUUUUAUUUCCCCCAAUUCAUACUAUGAUAAGUUGGCCUCAAAAAUUUGCAAUACCAUAUAUAUGGACAUAAUGGUAAUCCAUAUGCUUCCAUCAAUUUUGAGUGAACACAUUUGCUCCUUAAACACUGAAGGGGAGAAGUUAUCCUUCUCGAUCUUUUUCUUCAUAGACAAUAUAUCAAACCCAUAUGAUAUAUCUGUAGGAGAAAUGUUGAAAGGUGUAGAUAUAAAGAAAUGUUUAAUUAAAAGCAAGUAUAAGUUGAAUUACGAUGUGGUGGAAGAUUAUAUAAAUGACAUAUAUCUAAGCAUUAAUAGUACUAUUGGAUGUAGCAGUAAUUGCGAAAGUGAAAGUAAUAGCAGAAGUGGUAGUAAUAGCAGAAGUGGUAGUAAUUACCGUAGUGCUAAGUGCAUUGAGGAGAAAAUAUUAGUUCGAGGGGAUUUAAACUUAAGUUACUUUAUACCCAAUUUUGAACAUAUCUGUGAUAAGCAUAAUAUAUCAGUUAAGAUAGGGAGUGAUAUAUUUAGACUAUAUUUAUUAUCAAGAAUGUUGAAAGAGAAAACAGGAAGGAAAAACAUUUAUCAAACAGAAACUUUGCUCUUUGCUUUGCCCAACACCUACUCGAAUAAUGAUAAUUCUUCAGAGGAGUUCAAACCGAUAAAUAUAGACGAAAUGACAAAAGAGUAUAUAUCAUUCGAAGGUAAUGAUGAUAUGUAUGUUAUUGAAAAAUUUUUAAAAAGACCGAAAUUUAAAAAGUUGUUAAACGAAACAAAUAUGGAAAAUGUACAUCUAGAAAAAAUUGAGUAUAAAAAGAAAAGUCAUAUGUUAAUAGAAGAAAUGAUGAUUUUAACAAAUUUUUUAGUUGCUAAUAAAAUAUUUGAUAAUAAGAGAUUAGGAUUAUUGAGAAUACAUGAAAACUCCUCGGAAGAAAUAAAGAAAAACUUUUUACAUAUUAUUGAUUAUAGUACAUACAACAAAAUCAACAGAAUGAUUAACAUAAAUAAUAACACAAUAAAUGAUAUAUUAUCAGUAUGUGAAAAAGUGUUAAGUGAAAAUCAACUGCUGUGUCUUCAUUACAACAUUUUGAAAUAUUAUAAAGAAGCUAUUUAUAUUCCCUUUGUAGAGGGAGAAAAAAAUUAUUCAUGUCAUUUUGGUCUUCUCUUAAGUAAGUACAUACAUUUUACUUCACCUAUUAGGAGAUAUAUUGAUAUUGUUGUUCAUAGAAUUCUAAAUAGUGUUAUUGAAGAGGAAAUAUUACCAUAUACUUACGAAGAUUUUAAGAGAAUAUGUGAACAGUGCAAUUAUCAGAAGAAGAAAACGGACGAAGCUCAGACGCAUUUGAAAAAUUUUCUUUUAAACAAAUACCUAAUAUAUUUGAAUAACAACAAGCAUAAAUAUGAGGGGGUGAGCGAUGUACAAGCAGAAAUGGGGGAACAGUCGGGUCAUCGGUACCACAGUGACAGACAAGAUUCGGCCUACUCAAAAAGAAAGACAAGGCGGCUAGUUCAAUACUACAAAGGAGAAGGGACUCAGAAAAAGGGGGAUGACAAACCCCUUGAGGAAGAGGCAGACAAAACAGAAGAAACAGAUGAAAGUUACAAAAGUGGCAGAAGUGACAAAACUGACGAAAGACAUUGUUUUCAGCAUAGUGUGAACUUAAAAAAAGGGGGGCAUAUACCAAUAAAGAAAUACUUUUAUUUAAAUAGGGGAGUGAUAAGCUUCCUAACUGAAGCUUAUAUUCAAGAAAUCGUUAUAACGAAAAAUAUAAAAGAAAAUAUUUGUCUUAAUAUAUUAAACAGCAAUUACAUUAAUGUUAAUGGUAAGGAGGACGGUGUAAGUGACAAUAUUAUGCCCAUUACGCACAUUACAUACAUUUCGGACUCGUCAAAAAAUAUGAACAGUAUAAGCAGAAAGAACGUGGAUGGUGAAAAUAAAAUUCUGAGUACCAAUGAGGAAAAUUUUAUCGAUCAAAGGGGAAAUACAUGUAGUAGUACUGGAAGUAGUAGCAGUGGUAGCAGCAAUGAUGGUGCUGAUUAUAAUAUGGAAGAAAGCUCAAGAGUGAAAAUUAAAAAAAGCAUAAAUGAUAAUAUAAAGCUGAAAAACGCAAUUGUCUUCUAUGUGCCAAUAGUGGAGACAGAAAAGUCAGUCAGUGAUAAUUUGCUUAGUUUGAAAUUUGAGUACGUUUUAAUAUCAUUUAAAGAAUGUACAUAUAUUUAUAAUAUAUCAAAUGAUGUAUUAUUUAAAAUAAAUUUGGAUUUUUGCACCACAAAUGAGUCUAGUCAAAAUAGUUUAUAUAAUGAUGAGGGAAAUCCUGGGGAAGAGCAGAAAAGGAAUAAACGACUUUAUAACAUUUUUAAACAAAUAACAAACAUGAAAAUAUGUGUUAAAUAUCAAGUAUUAAAAUUAGAAGAAGGAAAAAAUUUUCAAGAAAUUUACGAUAGUUUAUAUAUUCAUGAUGUUUUUAUCAAACGGGAUGAUGAAGUCAACAAACUGAAGAAACAGACUUACAGUUUGGAUCCUGUUGUAGAUGAAAAACGUAUAAAAAAUGAACAACAAUAUAAUGAACGUAGUAACCUAAAUGAUAGUGCACAGGUAAAAAUGGCAAUUAAACAAAAGAGUUCACAGUUCCACGAUAACAUAGAACUUGUGCAUGAUAAAACUGUAGAAUGUAAUGAAGGAAACGAAUACGAAAAAAUAAGCAGAUUUCAGAAGAAGGCAGUUUUUCUUAUACCAGGACUGCAAAUGUGGGCCUUGCGCCUGACAUGA